AUGGAGGUCUUCAAAGAGUACGGCAGACCGCUUGUCGUCCAGUCGACGGCCCUCUGGGCAGAGACGGUGGCGACAUACUCCGCGCAGCGGGUCGAGUUUUUGGGCACAUUGUUGAUUCAAAUCCUCUUCUUCUGGGUCCCGUCACUGAUCUACCUAUCUCUGGACAUUUUUGUGCCACGAUUCAGCCAGAAACAUAAAAUCCAACCUGCUCCUAAACAGCCAACCCGCAGCGACAUCGUGCGCUGUUUCAUCGUCGUAACCCAGAACCAACUUCUCUCGUCGACUCUACACCUGGGUCUCAUCUACCUGAGUAAGAGAGCUGGGUCCGAAACCUCCUACCGAGUUACAGCAACACUACCAUCCACCUUUGAAUUCGUCCGUGAUUUCGCCAUCAGUCUUGUCCUUCGCGAGGCUCUCUUCUAUUACAGCCACAGGCUGCUGCACAUUCCAUUCUUGUACCGAAGAAUCCACAAAAAACAUCACAAAUUCACUGCUCCCAUCGCACUCGCCGCUCAAUUCGCGCAUCCUCUUGAGCAAAUUUUUGCAAAUGCGCUCCCGAUCUCGCUUCCGCCGCAGCUGUUACAUAGUCACAUCUUGACCUUUUGGGCAUAUUUAGCCUGGGAGCUCUUUAAUACCGCCACCGUUCAUAGUGGAUAUGAUUUCUUCCACAAUAAAGCCAAGAUGCAUGAUUUGCAUCAUGAAAAGUUCAAUCUGAACUUUGGCUCCAUCGGGCUCUUUGACUGGCUUCAUGGAACUGAUCAACUCGCCAAGAUUCAUCGUGAGUAA